UUGGAAAAGCAGCUGUUAGCAUAAUAUUUAAAGUGUUUAGCAAAUAGAUUUGAUAUAGUUAUUAUUUUAUUAAAAAUCCAUCUCUUUUCGUGAAGGAUAUCUAUUUUAAGUUAUCAAUAAACUAUUGCCAUGAGCGACCAAAAAACAGUUGAUUUGCUGUGGAACUGCGCUUCCAAAUUAUCCGACCAAUCUCACACGGAGCGGGUCCUUAAGUCGUACUACAUAACCACUUGUCGAAAGCUAGCUCGCCACAAUGUCCAAUUGCCAGAGGACAGCUUCGGAUAUGCACGCAUGUGCUCCCGCUGCGGCAACCAGUGGACCGAUGGUCGCUACCAACUCCAACUCAAGCCACAAAAGCUAAGGCAAAAUGCCAAAAACCAAAGACUUGUUGCUCAGCUGGAAACUGUGAAGGCGAAGCAGUCCAAAGGUGAGAUGACCAGUGGGGCCAGGAAAAGGGCCAAGUGGAUAAAGAAACGCAUGGCCAGCCAAAUGGCUGUGGAUUGCGACGUUUGCCAGCACAAGACAAUGCUGCCGCUGUUAAAGAACCAAAAACGCUUCAAGCUCAAAGCCAAGGAGGAAACAAUAGCAACCAUGCAACAUGCUGCACCGGAGCAAGGCAAAAAGAAGGCGAAAAAGAAAAAGUCCCAGGCGCCGAAUAAAGAUAUCAAUGCAGGUCUGAAAAUUCCGUCGAAGCAAAAAACAAUCGAGCAGAAACAGCAGCCUGCCAAAAAAGCCUCCCAACCAGUUGGAAUAGCUUCCCAAAGCCCAAGUCAGACGUCGAAGAAGAAAAAGAAGAAGCCAACUCAGCUGGCGCCCGCCCCUGCCAAAACGCAGUCCAAGACCCAGAAGCAAAAUGCACUGCUUCAACUAGCAGCCCAGCUAAAAUCGAACGCGUUUAAAGACGCCAACAAAUCGCAGCAGAACCGCCUGCAAGCGUUCCUUAAGUAGCCAGUAAAAUCGCUCUGCAAAUGCAUUUAAGUACAACGAUUGUGGUUCGGUUGAAUGAAAAUACUUGUUGUGGCACACAAUUAAGCGUUAGCACAAUACUAGAAUCAGACUCUUUGUGCCGGUUGAUAAAGCCAGCCAGUCAGCCCAAGUGGGAACCUGUUAUCCAGCCGCCCGGUCUUCUGGGUCGAGUCACGCAACGGCUAUGCACUUAUCACUGUUGCCCGAGACGCGACCCAAGGUUGUCCAGAUAUUGCGCAGCCAACACGGGCAGCAUGCUUAAUUUAUUUCUCGGAGCGCAACGUUUAAUUAAAAUUGAGUUGUUUGCCAUAGCGUCCCAUGAACACGUCCUUCAAAGCUGCUCCCAAAAAGGGCAACCGAUCGGGACCUCGGACAGCCCGGUUUAUCUGCCGCCAAUUGCAAAGAGCUCACGCACAGGCGAAGGCCCAGACCCGGGUUGGUUUCGACGUCGGCUUCCCUCUUUCUGCGAAGAACACUCUCAGAUUUCUCGGCAGCUGCGGCAACAACAUCUGCCUGCCACAUUAGAAGAUUUCUGGUUUUACAGUCCAGCUUGUAUGCAUUGAACCACUCAGGCCAUGCUCAAAGUGCGCGUUGGAAAAUUAAAGCUACAGGAAGGUGUCCUUUUACGUUUAAUCUAUAUAGUUUUAUUAAGUAAUCGUGCUGUUUGAAACUAAAAUAUUUUCUAAAUAUAAACAAAAACAAUAAAUAAAAAUGUCGAUUAAAAAAUGUUUUUUAUAUGAAAUAAAUUUGUUCCUUGUAUGAUAAUUUAUUAUUUAUAAGUUAUAUGUUAAUCUGUUUUUACAAAUCACUAUACUUAUGUGUAAUGCCUUUACGUCGAUCUAGUUAGUUAUGAUGUUUAAUGAUUCUAAGUCGUUCCAGUUAGUGAUGUAGUACCGUUGACCGUAGUUGGUCAUCCUGUUUUGUUUUUGCCAAAGUGGGCAUGAUGUUCUCUAAAAUAUGAUAUCAGCGGCAAGAUCGACUCUCUAAAUGUGGCAAAAACGAUAGAAAUUUUGGUUGCCUAGUCGAGGAUGAGGAUUGCGAAUGGAAGAUGGGGAUUGGGCGUGGACCUUUAUUUCAGAAAGCCGGCCGGCUGUCAGUUUCCCCAAAAACAAUGCAAAAUAAAGCAAUCCGCACUCAUUUGAUUUUACACGCUGAAAAAAGGU